GUCAUUUUACGUCAUAAUGUCAUGUGGCAAUAGACGUGUACAUAGUAAAAGUAUUAAAAUUAAUAAUUAAACAGAUUGGUUAUUUUCAAGUAAUUAUGCCUGACAUAUACUAAAAUUUAUUACACGUGUAAUACUUAAAAUUCGGUUUAUUUUUUUAUAUAUUUAGAAUAUGAUAAUUCGUUUAAAAAUUAUUUUGUAAUGGUAAUUUAAUAAUGCGAUGCUCCCUAGACGUCGACGAACUGGCUCAGAAAAUGAGCCUCAAAUUUUAAUAGGAAACGAUAAUUAUUGGUCUAAUAGUAAGCCUAAAACAAUAAAUCAAAUAAACUCUGUGUAUCCGAACAAUGUUACUACUGAAUAUUAUUUAGACGAGGAUUAUAUUGAAGAUUAUACGGAACCAGAAUUAGUCAUGACCGCGAAAGAUAGAACUACUGAAUUUGUGAACACUAUACAGACUUUACAAGGAAGAAAUAUCGCUAGGGCGGUGGCUGCGAGGGAUCCCAAAAAAUCGUGGGCUAUACAAAGUCAUUCCGAAUUUAUGUUAAUCGCUAAAAAUGUUGGUAAAAAUAUCGCUAGCACCUAUACGAAACUUGAAAAGUUAACUUUACUGGCGAAAAGAAAAUCGUUAUUUGACGAUAGAACGGCCGAGAUCCAAGAACUUACUUACAUAAUAAAAAGUGAUCUCAGUAAUUUAAACCAGCAAAUAGCCCAAUUGCAAGAUGUAUCUAAGAAACAGAGGCAAGGAUCUGGUGGUAAACAUCUACAAUCCCAUUCUAGUAGCGUCGUACUAGCGCUACAAUCGAAACUAGCUAGUAUGUCGACAGAUUUUAAACAAGUCUUGGAAAUUAGAACUGAAAAUUUGAGACAUCAAAAGAACCGAAGGGACCAGUUUUCUCAGGGAGGUUUACCGCCACCUAACAUAGCCCAACCUGCACAGGGGAGUUUGUUGUUACAAGACGAAGAUCGAGUUACUAUCGAUUUAGAAAAUACAGCUUUACUCCCUAGAGGACAGACACAAAUGCAAGCGGCUCUUAUGUACGAUCAAACGGAUAAUUAUCUACAAAGUCGAGCAGAAACAAUGCAAAAUAUUGAAUCGACAAUAGUGGAAUUAGGAGGGAUAUUUCAACAAUUGGCACAUAUGGUGAAAGAACAAGACGAAAUGGUGGAAAGAAUAGAUACCAAUAUAGAACACGCAGAAAUGAAUAUAGAAGCAGCUCACGGACAGAUAGUUAAAUAUUUCAAAAGCAUUUCAUCCAACAGGUGGUUGAUGAUCAAAAUAUUUGGAGUUUUGAUUCUAUUCUUUAUCGUAUUUGUUGUAUUUUUGGCAUAAAUUGUUUUAUUGUAAGUUUUGUAUAAAGUAUAUUAUCAAUUAUAUAUUUUAAACAAUCUUUUUUUAACGUUUACACCACAACUAAACCAUUUUAACUUUCCCCAUUAAAUAUCUUGGCUCAAAAUAAUAGAUAACCUUCCUAUUAGUCUGAAUUGGCAUCAAGUGCACUUUUUUUGAUCGGUUAUUUGAAUAAUGAACUGUUUACAAAGGAUAUUGAGAGGGAUAAUAAUCGUACAACCCUCGUAUUUAUAUUAGAAACCACUUUGUUCUAAAUUCGAAAUGAAAAAAAUAUAAAUCAUAUAUUAAAAUAAAAAAUCUGAUCAAUUUGAGCCUUUUGACGAAUAUGACACCUGACCAGGGGAAGACUUUGGUUCCUCUGCCCGGGGCCCCACUGCGGAUGCAGUUUUAUUGCGUUUGGAGCCAACUAGUCAUUCGAUAGGGGCUCUUGGUCUCUUAACAGGCUUUACUUCAACCUCCAAGGUGGAAAUACUAGAUGGAGGAGGGUUGGAAGUCGAGACAACUUUAGGAUCUGAGGGUGUCCUAUGAAAUCGAUAUUCCAAUAAUUAAAAUUCCUGUUUUUGAAAAAGGAAAUCGAAAAUAUUUAUUUAUUGGUCUUAGUCCUAGUAAAUGUUGUGUCACUUUCUUUUCGCUGAGGAGAAUAGGAGGAGUAGCGGUCCAACUAGAAGGAGGUUAGGAGGAAAUCAAACAAUAUGUUCAAGUAUUGAUUAUUUUUUAUUUUUAAUCAAAAUUAUACUAAUCCAAUAAAAUUAUACUGAAAAUGUAUCAAGAAAAAAAUAAACGAAAUUCAAAUACC